CUCUCUCUCUCUCUCUCUCCCUUAUCUCUCUGGAUUGGAUCGGCGGGCGAGGCGGCGUCGGGCGGGCGCUGCGACGACGACGUGCGGGCGAGGGCUGAAGCGGCGGCGGCCUCGGCCCGCACGCCCGGGCCUACAAUGCCUCCAAGCAUACCAUCGUGAUGCCGCCUGCGAGCUCGGCGCCCAUAGCAUCCGCGGCCGUCUCCUCCGCCGGUGAGCCAUCGAUGGUGAAGGAGCGGCUCCGCGUGCUGGGCCACCUCGUUCCCGGAUGCCGGAAGCUCCCCGCGCCGAUGCUGCUUGGGCCAACUAUGUGGCCGCGCUGGAGAUGCAGUCAAGGCCAUGUUCUCAUAGACCUCUUGGCCGCCACCGCCGGUGACGCGUGCGACAGGGGACGCCGCGUCAACGGGCAGCGAGCGGCACAUGACGUCGGAGAUCGAGCAGUACCGCCGCAGCGACGGCGGUGGGGCGGCGCGACCAUGCGCUUGCGGUGGCGAUCGAUCCCCUCGUCGAUUAGGAUAAUGAGAAGCUAAUACACAAAGCCAUUUUGAUUUCUUUCAGCUUGGUUACUGGCAGCAAUCGAUUUGGUUGGUUGCCUUGUUGAUCAAUCGGAGAAGGAGGUGAAGGUCGCCGGCGUAUCGCUAUCUUUCCUAUUUUUCUGUGUCGAUUGCAUCACGGCCCUACACGGGCUCGACGGCGACGCCGUCCGCCACGGGCGAGCUCACCAACGGUGGCCAUGAACUGUGUCGCGUCGAGGUUGUCCGCCACCACGUGGCUGAAUUGGAACCUAACGACGAAGCCGCCGGACACGAAUGCGGUGACCUAGACGAGCAGCACGAGCUCACUCUCCUCCCCCUCCGGCGUCGGCCUCUCCUCGAGUCUCCUCUCCACCCUGGCAGUGUUAUUGUCGUCGUACUGCCACUGCCGCCGCCGAUCCGGUCCAUACUCGCUCCGUACGAUCGUACCUCUACCUCCCACUGCCGUGAGCCGCCGCCAUUGUUCCCUUAGUCCUCCCAUUACCGCGAGCCUCCGCGGCCGAGCCGCCGCCCCCGGUUCUGCUACGCCUCCAUGCUGCCGACCGCCGCUGCCAACAAAGGAAGAUAGAGUAUAGGAGGGGAGUCGGUAACAGGGGGCCCCACUUUAUUUUUUUAAUUUAUUUGAUGACUGGGGUGUCACGUAAGCGCCACGUCAGCGAACCGCCCUCCAAAACCGCCGAAGGAGUCAAAUUGCACCGGUUUUAAGAGUUAGGGGGAGAUAUCCGGUCUUGUGGUUUAGGGUCACGGAUUAGGUUUCGAUCACUUUUGAGGGUCACAAAGUGUACUUAUUCCCCUGCAGGCUUGUCACUGUAUAUGGGCCAAAUUCUCAAUGGCCCUGGUUCGAGCAGGCCUAGCCCAGCACAGAUCAACCCCUUUUUAGGCCCAAGUGUCUGCGUAGGCCCAUCAAAAACCGAUCCGGCCACUCUUCUCCGCGGGAAAAAUCCUCCCAAAUUCGUCCUCGACGCGGCGCGGCGAAAACAAAAGGAAAAAGCGAAAGCCGCGCGCGCGCGCGCGCGCGCUCACGCAUCCCGCGCUUCUCCCCGAGCGCAACUCGAAAUAAGAAGGGGGGAACCACUUCACGGAUCAAGUGACACACGCACGCGCCCCACCUGUUUCCCCCAUUCCGCGUUCCGACGCCGAGUCCGGCGCAUGGAGCGCGGCGGCGGCGGCGGUGGCGGCGGCAUGGACGCGCUCCCCGACGGCGUGGUGCAGCACAUCCUGUCGCAGCUCAGCAGCGCCCGCGACGUCGCGGCGUGCGCCGGCGUCUCGCGCGGCAUGCGCGGCUGCGUGCCGUUCCUCCCGGCGCUCUACUUCCCGCGGGGCGCCUUCGACGCGGCGGGCGGCGCGGCCGCGGCCGACGACGCCAUCGGGCGGAUGGUGGAGGCCGCGGCGCGGCUGGAGGAGCUCGUCAUCUACUGCCCCUUCUCCGCCGCGCGCCUGCCGCGCUGGCUCGCCGCGCGGAGCGCCUCGCUGCGGGUGCUCGAGCUGAGGAUGGACUCCGCCGUGUCCUCCGGCGCGGGAUCCGGACACCUGGACUGCAUCGGGGCCGUCGCGAACCUCGAGGAGCUGAGGCUGUGGGGGCUCACGAUGACGCGCGCCCCGGCGUGGGGCCAGCUGGAGCGGCUCCGCGUGCUGGAGAUCGUCGGCGCCGCAGUGCGGGACGUCGCGGUGAACGGCGCCGUCGGCGCGUGCCCCAACCUCACCGACCUCGCCCUCAUCGGGUGCGAGUGCUCCGGCGCGGUGGCCAUGACGCUCCCCCUGGUCGAGCGCUGCCGCCUCGACUUCGUCGGCUCCGGCAACUGCUCGCUCGCUCUCGCCGCGCCACUCGUCGAGUCCCUUGAAAUCCAGGGCUUCUGCUGGAUCUCGCUGCAGGGAGGCAUCAGACUCAAGCACCUUACAAUUGCCAAGAACACUGGUACUGGGAGCGUGUACAAUAUAGAGAUUGGGAAGCUCCCAGAGUUGGAGAAGCUCUCGCUGCGCGGUGUUCAGUGGAGCUGGGGAGCAAUCAGCUCGGUGCUGCAGUGCGCAAGAGAGGUGAAGUAUCUUGUGAUGAAGAUUGAGUUCUGCGGUGAUCAUGAUACUCUCGAGCCAUUCCCGGAGGUGGAUCUUGUUGAUUUCUUCAACAGCCACCCGAAGCUCAUCAAGUUUGAGAUCCAUGGCGCCAUGUUUGCUGCCAUGUGCCAGAAGAACAGCCUGAAAAAUUUGGAUUCAAGGUUCUCGAUCCCUUGCUUGGAGGAGGUUCUGAUCACUGUGCGUUCACCUCUGAACGCUGAGCUGAAGCUGAACACUCUUGAGUCCCUAGUCAAGUACAGUCCCAGGAUGCGGAGGAUGGUCGUCAGGAUUUCUCAGAUGAAGAACUGCCAUGGGUCCGCAGAUGGCUUCUUCGAAGAGAUUUGCAAGUUCAUGUAUAUGAAUAACGGGAGAGUGCGGAUCGAAUGAAAGAAGGAACAGCAGCAAUCCUGAACUGAAGUCGAAUUUGGGGCUUGGUUUGACUACCGUGAGUUGCAGCUGGACCAACAAUAAUUUUAUUGAGUUAUGUUCUUCAUUUAAAUUUUUUCAAGUUGUGCUAUGUUGUUUAUUGUUGUUCAUCUGGUCUGGAGUGGAGUGAGUGAAUGUUAGUUCAUCAUGCUUAUAUUGUACUUUGAAGUUUGAAUCAGUCUAAAAUUUUCUGCUUGAAAAUUGCACU